AUGGAAGGCUUUAUGGAUAUGAGGUGUGGGGAAUGUUCUGAAACUGUUAAUAACGAUGGUUUCAUCGCCAAUAAUCGUGUAUGGCAUUGUGACCAUUUCCGUUGCUCACGUUGUAAAACAAAUAUAACACGUGAGUAUUACGUAGACAAUGGCAAUGCUAUAUGUGUUACGUGUACCCUGGUACGACCAACACCUUGUCAUAAAUGUGGAUGUGCUAUAAAGGAAACAUAUUUGGAAGCUAUGGGAUACUGUUGGCAUCAGAAGUGUUUCCUCUGUUAUAGAUGCAAAAAACCCUUUCCAGGUGGCAAGUACUGGUCACUAAAUGGACAUCCUUAUGACAAUGAUUGCUAUUGGGGUGCAAGGCUUGAUGCGCAGUGUUGUGUAAAAUGAACAUAUUUUGCAAUUGUUUUUUAUGAUUUGAUUAAAUUUUGGGUAAUUCUAAAUGAUAAAUAGCAAAUAUUAGCAUAAACUCAUUGUCUCUGAUAAUUACGAAGUUAAAGUUUUCAGUUCUACUUAUCAGUUAAGUAAUGAUUACCGAAGUCUGGCCUAGAAUUACUAUCUCAGCCUAGGCAGUCAUUCAGAACUGUAAUGUUUCCACAGGUUAAACAGCUUCAUCAUAUGUUGUGUAUGAACUUAUGCAAGAUUUUAAUAAUGCUACCUAUCAAAUUAUUCCAAUCUGUCUGUCCAAUCGCUCACUGCGGUAUCGUUUUUUUCUAUAAAUAACAAGUCAUGCAUAUUGUCGAAAAAAACGCCAUCUUCUUGAAGAAUGUCAAAUUGCGCAAUAAACUUCUUGUUGAAAUCUGUUAGCAUUUUAGUUCCAUGUUAAC